CAUACGUCUCAUGCUUGUGUUGUAAACAGAGACGUGAAUUCAGCUGGACACGCAGUUCGAGAAUAUUAAUGGAUAAUUCUCCGAACUGAAUGAGAAUGUGUCCGAUUUUAAUGCUAUAGUUGUACGUUUAAAGUCUUCGAAAAGCGGGCGCGUCUCUGUCAUGGAGCUGAACGGUUAUGUCUGUGACAAUGAGGCCAACGAUAAGGACACGCCGGAGACACAGCCGCUUCACCACAGGGCCGAAGUGCCCGGUACCGCUACAGUGGAUAUGGAGCGCAGUCCUGCCGCAGGAGGCGCUCACCGAGACCGUCGAGUGUCGUACUCGAGGUCGGGGAGACAGAGGAUCGACUCGCUAAAGAAAAACAGGCCGCGUACGUGUUCCCGUUUUGGCUCUAGCAUUAGCAAGCUAGCUACACAGCAUCGGGGUGUUACUUCUCACAAUAAACAUAAAGUUACAGCUUUCCCGUGGUUUGGCAUGGAUAUAGGUGGUACUUUGGUAAAGCUGGUUUACUUCGAGCCCAAAGACAUUACAGCAGAAGAAGAGCAGGAGGAGGUUGAAAGUCUGAAAAGUAUCCGCCAUUACCUCACCUCAAACACAGCCUAUGGCAAAACGGGCAUCCGAGAUGUGCACCUGGAACUGCCCGACCUGACCCUGUGGGGGCGCAGGGGCAGUUUACACUUCAUUCGCUUUCCCACACAAGAUCUUCCUGCUUUCCUGCAAAUGGGCAGAGACAAGCAUUUCUCCAGCCUGCAUACCACCCUCUGUGCCACUGGUGGGGGCGCAUACAAGUUUGAGGCUGAUUUCCGAACAAUGGCAGACCUGCAGCUUCUGAAGCUGGACGAGUUUGACUGUCUGAUUAAGGGUGUCCUUUAUAUUGACUCAGUGGUCUCAUGUGGGCCUCCUGAAUGUUACUACUAUGAAAACCCCACGGGCACGGAGAAGUGUGAACAGAAAGCCUACAAUCUGGAAAACCCUUACCCUCUGCUCCUGGUUAACAUCGGCUCAGGGGUCAGCAUACUGGCGGUCUACUCCAAAGACAACUACAAAAGAGUCACUGGUACCAGUUUGGGUGGUGGUACCUUCCUUGGACUGUGUUGCUUGCUGACUGGCUGCUCAACUUUUGAAGAGGCGUUGGAAAUGGCUUCGAGGGGGGAUAGCACUUGUGUGGAUAAACUGGUCAAAGAUAUUUAUGGGGGUGACUAUGAGAGAUUUGGCUUGCCAGGAUGGGCUGUUGCUUCUAGUUUUGGGAGCAUGAUGUCCAAAGAAAAGCGUGAUUCUGUCUCAAAAGAGGAUUUGGCUAGAGCCACACUUGUCACGAUCACAAACAACAUUGGUUCAAUCACACGCAUGUGUGCACAAAAUGAGAGCAUUGAGAGAGUGGUGUUUGUUGGGAACUUCUUGCGGGUGAACACACUAUCCAUGAAGUUACUGGCGUAUGCAUUGGACUACUGGAGUAAUGGACAGCUCAAAGCUCUUUUCCUCAGACAUGAGGGCUACUUUGGUGCUGUUGGGGCGCUGUUGGAACUGUUGAACUCAUCUUGAUUAUUGCUGUCUCCUGAAGAGUACUACCAAAAUUCUCUGUAACUCAGGGGUUUCACCACAGACACCUUAAUGUAAUAUUUUGUAAAUGUCUAAGGCAUUUCAAUUAAUAAUGUCCAAAGGUGUUAUGGAAUUCCCAUAUGUAAUAUGAUUAGAGACAGGGCAGUCAGUACUUUUCUUGUGUAUUGUGUAGGCACAAGUUUCUUUAGGUUCAGAAGUCACUUAUUAUUAAAACGUUAUCUUUACAUCCUUCUAUCAUAUUUUUUACAAUUAUAUACAUGCAUUUCAAGAAAUUGUUAAAUGUAUACUUGGUGUUUUAGAUUUUUAAAUAUAAAAUACAGGCAGAAUGAUGUUUUUUUUUAAUUGAACAACUUGUUUAUAUGUUAUUUUACAAAGUAAACAUAAAGGGCUAUACACAGUGAAAAUAUUACAUGAGGGAAACAUGGUCCAUCAACUUUUACAUAUCUAGUCUGUAAAUGGAGAUGGAUGUACCUUGCUUCAUGGGGAGCAAAUUUUCAUGCAUUUCUAGUGUGUAUUAAAGAAUUUCAUAGAAGUUUGGACCUUCAACUAUAUCCGGACUAAUCAAAGACAAGGACUUGACAGGGAUUGUGGGCCAAUACUUUUUUUCCUUUUACCUCACAGUAAAACUAAGAAUGCCAGUUUUCCCCCAACCUUUUUGUUACAGUUAAUUAUAAUAUGAUAAAUAUAUAUUAAACAGCUACUUCUGUAUGUCCUACAGUAUGCUGUAUGUCAUGAAAAGUGCCUAAAUAAAAGACAAUCCUGUGACAAA